GCGCGUACAUCAGGGAGCUCGGCCCGGUAGCUCGCCGCGUUCAGAAGCUCGCCGCGCUCGCUCGCCGCGCUCGCAUGACGGAAGGCAUCGCCGAGGCGUACCUGGUCUAUCUUCGGUCCAUCUGCCCGGAGCGCGAGGUUGGGCAGCUCAUGGCUGACCUGUCCGACCUCUGCCAAGCGGGCCGGCUCAGCGCCGUGCAUGAGUUGGCAGAGAAGGCUCGAGGCGAAGCGGCGGAGGAUGCCCAGUGGGAGCAGGUUAACAUGGAGUCGCUCAGCCUGUCGGAUGACGAGACUGUGGGCGACGACGGGAGGCUCAAGCCGGCCGCCAACAUCGGAGCCAGCAAGCAUGCGACCCGCGAGGCGGCGGCGAUAGCGCGGGACAAGGCAGAGCGAGAGGCAGCAGAGCGAGAGCGCCACGCCGCUCGUGAUUUUGGCUUCGACUCGGUCAACGAUUACAUCAGGCAGUGCAAGCUUGAGGGCGCACAUACUGCCCGCUGCUACCUGUGCGGUCGCUGAGCCUUGUGUUGUGCGACUACACUUGCGUAUUGCGAGCGACAGCGAGAGAGGAGUUUUGGUAAAAUUCUGUUCGAGUGGUAGUAAAUAAAUAAAA